AUGCUCUCCGCUUCGUCAUUCUGGCUUCUUCUUCGCUUCUUCGCUUCUUCGCUUCUUCUCUCCUUCUCUUCUCCUUCUGCAACUCUCCCCCUCCUACAAUCUAUCUCUUUCCCGUGCCAUUCGGAUAAUAGUUACUUCUUUCGGGGAUUGAACUCGAUCCAUCCCCCGGGAUCCCACCCGUCCAACAUGGCUCCCUCCAUUCCCUCGGCCAAAUUGACUCUCUCAUGCCCGCUCUUCGCCGCCGACUUCGACCCGCGUCAUCACGGCUUGCUUCUGGUCGGUGGAGGAGGUGGUGAAGGCCGCAGUGGUGUCGGCAACAAAAUCGCAAGUUCCUCUUGA